GCAUGUGAGGGGGGGUUGAGGACCCUUUAAGACCCCUGUGCCCCCACGAUCUCCCAAGCACCAUGGGGAGAGGUAGCAACUGGUGGAGGGGCAACAUGGAGGGAGGUAGCAACUGGUGGAGGGACAGCAAGGGGGGCGGUAGCAACUGGUGGAGGGACAGCAAGGGUGGCGGUAGCAACUGGUGGAGGUGCAGCAUGGGGAGAGGUAGCAACUGGUGGAGGUGCAGCAUGGGGAGAGGUAGCAACUGGUGGAGGUGCAGCAUGGGGAGAGGUGGCAACUGGUGGAGGUGCAGCAUGGGGAGAGGUAGCAACUGGUGGAGGUGCAGCAUGGGGAGAGGUAGCAACUGGUGGAGGUGCAGCAUGGGGAGAGGUAGCAACUGGUGGAGGUGCAGCAUGGGGAGAGGUAGCAACUGGUGGAGGUGCAGCAUGGGGAGAGGUAGCAACUGGUGGAGGUGCAGCAUGGGGAGAGGUAGCAACUGGUGGAGGUGCAGCAUGGGGAGAGGUAGCAACUGGUGGAGGUGCAGCAUGGGGAGAGGUAGCAACUGGUGGAGGUGCAGCAUGGGGAGAGGUAGCAACUGGUGGAGGUGCAGCAUGGGGAGAGGUAGCAACUGGUGGAGGUGCAGCAUGGGGAGAGGUAGCAACUGGUGGAGGUGCAGCAUGGGGAUAGGUAGCAACUGGUGGAGGUGCAGCAUGGGGAGAGGUAGCAACUGGUGGAGGUGCAGCAUGGGGAGAGGUAGCAACUGGUGGAGGUGCAGCAUGGGGAGAGGUAGCAACUGGUGGAGGGACAGCAAGGGGGCGGUAGCAACUGGUGGAGGUGCAGGGGGAAUGGAGGGGACAUGUGGGGUUGGGGAAGGGGGCGAAUGGACCAAGGCAAAUCAGAACGUACGUUUUGCGUUUGGACAUUAUAAAAGACUGGGAGCAGUGAUAGUGAAAGCUUUUUCCUGCUGGGUCAUUAUUGGGUUAGUUCUUCAGGCGCCUUAAAAAAGGCAGAAAAUGCUGGGUAAGUUUCUCAGGCGCCUGAAUUGCUGGGGUUAGUGGAACUGAGCGGGGUUGAUGGACCCACGGAAGCAGAAGAAGCUGCUGCAGCUGCUGGGCUUUUGAAAGCAGUGGCUGCGUCGAGGAUUAAUUUAUGCAAUUAUCUUGGAGGUGCAGCUGCUGGGUAGUCGUAGACAGAAGUGACUCUGCUGGGUUGUUGCGCCCACUGAAGAAGAAGACGAAGAAGAAGCUGCUGAAGCUGCUGGGUUGAAUGCGUGAGGAGUCUAUUUUUUAGGCGCCUCAAGAAUGCAAUCGUUGGUUGGAGCUGAAAGGGGAAUUUUUGAGUCGACUCAAAAGUCACCUUGUUGGUUGGAGGCUUGGAGCUGAAAGGGUAAUAAUACGUGCGAAUAACUGCAGAGGAGGAAUAAGGGAGCGAAGAAUAAGGGCGCGGAAAAUGGUGUGCAACACGGGCAAGCAGGCUCAGGCGCAGCAGCAGUGAUUGCCAGAAUAAAGGGGAGAGGAUAAGGCAACAGCACACUGCAGCGAUAUGAGGUGGGGGUGUGUGUGUGUGUGGAGGUCCAGCAGCAGCAGUUUCAGCGGGAGUGUGAGGAGCAGGCUCAGGCACAGCAGCAGCAGUGGCAGUUGCCAAAAUAAAGACGCAAGAGCAAGACAACAGCACACUGCAGUGGUGCAAGGUGGGUGGGUGUGUGUGUGUGUAGAGGACCAUCCACAGUAGCAGCAGUUUCAGUGGGAGUGUGAGGGCUGGGUUCAGGUGUUGCAGUAGUGGUUGCCAGAAUAAAGGAGAGAGGAUAAGGCAACAGCACACUGCAGCGAUAUGAGGUGGGUGUGUGUGGAGGACCAGCAGCAGCAGCAGCAGCAGCAGCAGUUUCAGUGGAUGUGUGGGGCAGGUCUAAGAGCAGCAGCAGCAGUUGUUGCCAGAAUAAAGAUUGAGAACAAGGCAACGGCACACUGCAGAGGGCUCUGAGGGGGUGUGUGUGUGCAGGAACAUCAGCAGCAGCGUCACUGGUGGUGGGUGUGGCACAGCAGCAGUGGUUGCCAGAAAAAAGAUAGAGAACAAGGCAACAGCACACUGCAGCGAUGCGAUUCAGCAGCAGGAGCUGGCAGGUGGGGGGGUGGUGGGUGGUGGCAUCAGCAGGCAGGAGCAGCAAUGGCAGCUGCGAUAACAAUCGCAGAGUAUUUUUUAGAAAUUUCAAAAACGCCUUGCAUAUUCGGAGGUGGGAAGGUAGUGGGGGGCCGGGGGCGUCAGCAGGCAGGAGUAGCAAUGGCAACUUCAGUAACAAACGCACCAUUCAAACCCCUCCUGGUUGGUCAGAUAAAAUUUUCCAGGUUAUUUAUACGCAGGUUUUUUAUGACAGUGCAGUGGAAUCCAUCCGGUUGACUGGGCGAUGGAAAAUAUGUCACAAAGGAUAAGUAUGCCAUGCAUUUAAAGCCGUU